AAUAUCUAUGUCGACUUAAACAAAAAUCGCUUCAUAGAGACAAAUUCAAUUUCAUCACCGAGAAGGAUCUUUACUGAUUCAUGAAAAGAUUUUGGGUUAUUGUCAUAUCUGCGAGUCUUUGAAUGUUUUGUACGUUAAUACAUUUCAUCGGGUAACCCCAUCCUUUGUAACCCUUGAAAUACUACUAACAUAAGUCUUACGAUUUACAUACAAAUUUCCAAUCGCGGUGGUGUUUGAAUUCGACCAGGAAAUAUACAUUUAUUCAAUUCUUUGGGAUGUCACUUUCAGAGCGAGCAAAAGCCUUUGCAAUAGACUCCAUUUUGUCAUCGACUAAAUCUAGUGCAAAAUUAGAAAUCGACGAUGUGGACAGUGGAAAGCCAACAUCUCAUCCAGCCGACUUCGGGGAUGUCCUCCACGAUGCCGAGGUCGGAGGAAGAUUUGAAGGCGAUUACGUGGUCCAUCCGAAUCAGGGAUUCGAACUCGAUAGUGAAUUUCACCUUAAUUCACGAAUGGCGUCAUGGAGAAGGUUAAACGCUUCAAAUUCGAACCUUUUUUCGUCCACAUCAACGUUAAAUUCGGCAUCGUCAAUGACCGACAUAAAUUUCGGUAGCUCACAAAAUCUUCGCAGGAGCUCAGACGAAGCCAGUGUUGCUUUACAGACAAGCCCCUUCGGGAGUAGUUGUCGUUUAGAAUCCCUGGCGGUGAGUGAUGAUUGCCUAAGCAACGAUGUCCCGAUGAUAUCAGGUGAUCUCGACGAUGACUCUCAUCCCAUCGCCAUGACCGUCAAUGGGAUAACGGCCACAUUGGCGCAGUCAUCGAUGUGGAGGAAAUUUCAUGAAUGUGAGACGGAGAUGAUCAUCAACAGAUCGGGAAGGCGGAUGUUUCCGUGUUUUGCCGUCUCGUUGUCAGGUUUACAACCAGAUGCCCUGUAUCGUAUUUCUGUUACUAUUACAUCAGAUAACAGGAGUCGCUACAAGUUUAUAAAUGGAAAGUGGCUUGCUGUAGGCAAAGCUGAUCCGGAGAUGCCAAACGAACCCUACGAACAUCCUUUAUCUCCAAAUCAUGGUCUCUUCUGGGAGAGCAACGUCGUGAGCUUUGCAAAACUCAAGAUCACCAACAAUAAGGACACCAAAGCAAAAAACCAAAUCGUUCUCCAUUCGAUGCACGAGUACACUCCGCGGCUGUUCAUUGAACGACUUAUAUCCAACAAAUCACCUCAUGGCGACAUCAAAGUAGAGAAAGACUCAAUGUCUGAACCAUCUCCAACAUCUAAUUCAAUGUCGACAUCAUCGUCACCUUCGACGUGGAUGCACAUGCAACAAGAUCAUCGAUCUUCAGAGCCAUCAUCCAGCGACGCGGCAUCGACUUCGACAGGAUUGAGGCAUUCAGGAGGAUCGACGUCGUCAACGAUGACGAGCAGCUCGCCUGAUCCUCGUGUUGAUCAGAUGACAUCUAUAUCAUUCUCGGAGACAUCGUUUGUUGCUGUGACGGCAUAUCAGAACGACCAUAUCACUCAGCUCAAGAUACAGAACAACCCUUUUGCUAAGGCUUUCAGGGAUGCUGAAGUAGCAGCAAUGCUACAAGGAGCUAACACGUUUCCAGAGGAACACCAUCUGCUUGCAGAAUAUAGAGACAGAGAAGCUUUUUCAUCCACACACUCGCUCAAUGCUCACAUGACUGGCCAGAGAAGAUUUGGUUUACCAAUCUUACAACACUAUCCUGUUCACCUUGGCGUAGUACCUGGUCAUCAUCAACCAUCGCAUAUGACAAGAUCGUUUGCAAACGUGCGAGUAGGACCGAACGACGGUCUCCACCCUAACACCCUAGGACACGACCUACACUGGAAGGUGUCAUCUGCAACUAACCUUGCUGGUGCAGGCCAUGAAGGUGCCCUUCAUGAGAGUUGUGGAUUCCUUCCAUCUCUAAGCACAGCCGAUAGAGCAAAUAGCGAUGCAGAACUAUCAGCCAAACCUAGAGCUCGUAGCAGUCGAUCGCUGGCUGGUAACUCAUUCGGGGGUCUCGGACUAGGCUGCGAUGGAGAUUUCCGGAAACGCGCGAUCGCGAAUCUUGUAGAUGACAGACGAGAUCCUGACAAGUAUAUGCUGCGGAAUCCUUUGUUUGCGAUGGAUGCCACUAAGAUACCAGCGAAAAAACAGGCCAUCAAGCUUUAUCACUCGCCGCUAUGGUUGCUAGAUUCUCCUCAGAUAAUUGUGAGUGAUACGGCAAAGUCAGGAGGUAAAGGAACACAAUCUAAGCAAUUGGAGCAACAUCAGACAGCUAGCUCCUCUUCUCUAGAUGAUGAAAUGAGCACGGAAGCCGAUGAUCGAGAUACUACGAGUCACUCGAAGGUCCAACGGGGGAUAGGAGGGCCUCUAAAUGCCGAAGAAUUGGGAGGUGCACCCAGACAGCUGAUGGUCCCACCCACCCCGUUCUCUUUGGCACCACACCAGCGACAUCACAUGGAAAUGAACGGAGGAGAUCUAACAAGACGCGUGACCAUACAUACACCAGAUGCCUUUCGUCAACGCGUCUUAGAUUCGCCUGUGAUGAAGCCCCGGCGUAGUUUGGAUUCUGCUAAGAUGUCAGCAAGCCUCUAUCAAUUCCCGGGGUCGGCCACGUUUUCACCGAGACUCAACAAGAGAAGUAGCAUGCAGGGAUUGGAUUGCAAUGGGUCGCGCGUGAGCUUUGACGAAGAAAGUACCACUGGAUCAUCUGCUGAUAAUUAGAUGCAUGUCAGAUAUAGGUGACAAGACUUGUUCAUUUGUACAGAGAAAAACAAAAUGACUGUUCCUGAAUAUACCGGUUUCCACCGAACUUGCCAGGCGCGUGUUCGAAGCAAUUAAAGAGAAGGUUGAGUUCUGGGGAGAGGUGAAAAGUAAUUUGUGAGCAUUUUCAUUGUUAUUAUGCAAAUGUGGAAGAACAUCAGAGAAAAAAAAUGUUCACUGAAAAGCAUGGUUCUUCAAAUGCCUUCAUGUUCUCAAUAUGACAAUAUGACAAGUGACAGCUUUUAAAUGAGGGCCUCAUUUUUAUGCCACAUGUUUGUGUAGUCCCAUAUACAUCUUUCUGUAUACAGUGCUUGUUCCUUUUACAAUGUCUCUGAGUUAUAUUAACAAUAUCAUGUACAGAGAUUUAAAUCGUGGAAAUUUUUAAAAUUUCUAUUCUGCACUGUUUUAUGUUUUCACCUUGUACAGUACAUGUAUAAUGAAUACAUUUUGUUUGAAAUACAAUAUAAAUAUAAAAAAUUCACAGUUAUGUUAAAAAAGCCCAAUAUUUUGUGUGAGAAACAGAUGACAGAGAUGUCUGAAAUUCAAAUGGAAGUGGAGAACCUCUGCCGAUUGGGAAUACAAUUCUUUAAAGAUAAUUAGUGACAAAAGAGACGAGAUAAGGACAUCUUCAAAAUAAUGUGGCAUUGACCUGUCUAUGUACCUCAAUAUUUGCAUUGCUGUUAAGUUGUUACCAACGCCAUCUCAUGGCGACAGUGUUACAGGGAGUGUCGUGGUCGAAUGGUUUAAGGCGCUUGAAUGGAGAUGCGAAGGUCGAGGGU